CUUUCGUUUCGGAAAGCAAACCAGCCAGUGUAAUCUGUCGUGUUGCGAAGAGCUCGUCCGUUCAUAUUGCUGAAACGACAGAAAACGCCAAUGUUAUUGCAUCAGUGAGUGCGUCGACCGCGCGCAAUAGUGCUGCACUGCCAAACGUGCCGUUUGAGUUUUCUGUGUAAACCCUGCACCAUCGUGCAAAUUGACAUGGAAGUGCAUCGUACCUGUUGAACAAGGAUUGCAAUGUCAAAUAUUUAUGCACCUGAAAAAUCGCCUUCCAAUCGUGGUUUUCGGGUAGAAUGGAACAGCCAAGUACACAGCAGCUUGCAGCUGUUGGAGGAGCUGGAGCAGGUGCAGAAGCAGCAUCGGUCACCGAGAACAGCGACACGGCUUCACUGGCACAGGCACCAGCGGCUUGCCGGACCGAGACGACGACGACCUCAUGUACCAGCCCAAGCAUCGAGCAGCCACCGCAGUCGGUGUAUCACAUCAAGUGGGUCCGGUGGAACAACCAGAAGACACCUAUUGUCACACAGAACGAGAAUGGGCCCUGUCCCCUGAUUGCCAUCAUCAACGUUCUCACGCUGAAGGGUCUCAUCAAGCUCCCCCAGACACUCGACAUUGUGACUGUUGAACAGCUGAUGGAGCACCUGGGGGACUGCAUACUGUCGUCUAUACCGAAGGACAUUCCGGAAAGUGCGCAGCUAAAUUAUGAACAAAACAUGCACGAUGCCAUUGCCAUCCUGCCAAAGCUGCAAACAGGGUUGGAUGUAAACGUUCGAUUUACAGGUGUAAAAGACUUUGAGUACACACCAGAGUGCAUCGUGUUCGACCUGUUGCGAAUUCCUCUCUACCACGGUUGGCUCCUGGACCCUGAGUGCCCGGAAAUCCUUGCAGCUGUUGGCAACUGCAGCUACAACCAGCUGGUGGAAAGGAUAAUCAUCAACAAGUCUUCUACAAAGCCAGAGCUGGUCACUGAAGCGUUGUUAGCUGAAGCAUUCUUGGAGCGAACAGCGUCGCAGCUGACAUACCACGGCCUGUGCGAGUUGAACUCGACGCUUAUAGAAGACGAACUGUGCGUCCUCUUUCGGAAUAACCACUUUAUCACAUUGCACAAGCGAAAGGACCGCCUGUACCAGCUGGUGACGGACCAGGGCUUCCUGAACGAGCCUGACGUAGUCUGGGAAUCGUUGAUCAAUGUCGAGGGCGACGGCCAGUUCGCGGAUUCCGAUUUCGUCGUCAACCCGCCCAAGCCACGAUGCCUCACCACCGAGCAGCAAAUUGAUCGGGACUACCUGGUUGCCUUAAGCUUGCACCACGAGCAAGUGCACCAUGAGCGAACGAAAAACGAUGCUCUGCAGUCCUUCGUCCAGCCAGUCGAGCCGCUCAACCAUGACGCCAUCCGCGCAGAUGAGGAGCUUGCAAAGCAGCUUCAGGAGGAAGAGCACCACAGGGCAUUGUCACGGCCCCCCGCACGGAGCGCAUCAGGAUCAGCGCAGGACGCUGUCGAAUCAACAGUGCGGCAAAGGCAGAAUAACAGCAGCCCACCGUCCAAAAAAGACUGUACAAUCCUGUAGGUGGGACUCCUCAUACCGAUGCAAAUCACGCCAGAAUGCAAACACCCUCUCUCCCUCCUCCCAGUGCUGUUUACUACGCGUUGUACAUAGGACAAGCAGGGACAUUGUCGUCUCUCCCGAAUUGAGAUUACGCUGGGAAACCUGACCAGCACGUGGGACUCCACAGGACUGGCCAAGAGCUCCCUGCUUUAUAGACUCUUUGUGCGGGAUGGGGGACAAGGCUUCCCCUUCCUUGUUGGCAGCUUGCAAUCGUCAAGAAUGCCGAAGAAAAAGACUGGUUAGCCAGAACGGACGCAGCACUUUGUUGCUGCAGCGCCGUGCCGUGCACGGUCUUUUUAACCACGAAUUAUAGAAGUAUGAUAAUAUAUGGCGCUCUACAUAUAUAUAUAUGUAUAAAUAACAUGUGGGUUAGCAACAAGGUUUCUUGGUCAGAACGCAGUUCUUUACGUGGCAAGCAGAGCCGUUACCUGUUUUAUUUCUUUGUAUCACGUUGAUGUUAUUAUUAAAGCCCAUGAUUGAUGCGCA